AUGCACAUGCACACUCAUUUGGCUGACUGUGUUCUUGACUAUGGACCUGUUUAUAGUUUCUGGUUGUUCAGUUUCGAACGUUAUAAUGGCAUAUUGGGAAAUUAUUCCACCAAUAACAAAUCUAUAGAAUUACAGAUGAGAAAAUUCUUGAGAGACCAGAACUUAAGGGAGUUUGAAUUUCCAGACAAAUAUGUGCAGCAUUUUAAAGAUUUUACGGAGAAAAUACAUCAACACGAAGGUCGUCAAUCUGAGGAUUGCCUAAUUGAUAUCAAACAGUGCAUUGAUAUUCUUCAAAUUUGUCAUGGUAGAAUUGACAUUCAAAAUGAAUUAUGGUUUUCUUUGGCUGGUUAUUCUCUUGGUUCACCUCACAUAAUUGAACAGCUAGAUAAUGACGAGCAUCGAUACCUCAGUGAUGUUUACAAGAUGUUCUUUAACUAA